AAAUGCUGUUGGCUCAUUGGGCAAAGAAGUACAUUUGUCGAGGUGUUGCUGUGGGUGCCCUUGGCGAUGUCGCCAAGGCUUGCAGUGACUCGCCUAUCUCAUGUCUGAUUCGGAUGAAUUCGAGUAUGAGUCGGAUGAUGACCCAUAUGGCGGAGCUGAAGAGGAGGACGGGGAUGAAGAGGCAAUUCAAAUCGAGAACACCUUUUACGAGGCUGAUGACAACAAGCAGAGCUUUCCGGAACAGGCCCUGGAGCAAUUCCAAAGAGUGGUCACGUUGGAGGCCACUCGAGGAAGUGAAGUUGUUUGGAGGUUCAAGGCAUUGCAGAACAUCGUGAUUUUGUGCGCUCGAAUCGGACGCUUUGAAGAAAUGGCAACCAGAUAUCGAGAGCUUCUGAGCUACAUGGACCAGGUCACAAGAAACGAUGCGUCUGAAGCCAUUAACACAGUCCUCGACUCUGUUUCUUCUGCCAGUGAUUUGGCCAAGCUGGAGACCAUCUAUGAGCUUACGCUUGAUGCUUUGAAGGCAACAGCAAACCAGAGGUUGUGGUUCAGCACUUCAGUGAAGUUGGCCAAGCUGCAUCUUGAAAUGGGCGAUGUGCAGAAACUUCAACGUCUUGUUAAGGCGCUGCAUCGGACUUGCCAGAAGCCCGACGGCACCGAUGACGUCAGCAAGGGCUCACACUUACUGGAAGUCUAUGCGCUGGAAAUCCAGAUGUGCACGCUGACGAAGAAUUCCAUUCGGAUGAAGGAGAUCUACCCCAAAACCAUCAACCUGACUUCGGCCAUCGCAGACCCGAGAAACAUUGCCGUAAUUCGGGAAAGCGGUGGGAAGAUGUUCAUGAGCGAGAAGAAGUGGGAGGCGGCAUACAACGAGUUCUUCGAAGCUUUCAAGAACUACCAGGAAACGGGCAAUGCAAGCCGUGCCAAGAUCAUGCUGAAGUACGUAGUGCUGGCAAACAUGCUGGCGCUGUCUUCCAUCAAUCCCUUUGAUUCACGAGAGGCCAAAGUCUAUCAGGAUGAUCCUGAGAUCAGUGCCAUGGCCUCCCUCCGAUCGGCCUACGAGCAGAACGACAUUGGCACCAUUGACCAGCUUCUGACCAACCCAUCCUAUCGAAUUCUCUCUGACAGCUUUAUUCGCACAUACCUUCAGGACUUGCUGCGAAACAUUCGCUUGCAGGUGCUGCAGAACAUCAUCAAGCCGUACCGGUGUGUCAGUUUGGAAUUCCUUGCCAAAGAAAUCAAUGUCACAAGUGAUGAGGUUGUAUCCCUUCUGGUUCAGCUGAUUUUGGACGAGAAAAUCGCAGCCAGAAUAGACGGCAUCGAGGGCUUCUUGCAAGUUAGCUCUGGUGGCGGGGAGAAGGCGAAGCAGUUCGCAGGAUUGCAGAAGUGGGUCGAUUCUUUCGAGCGAAUCCACACCAGUCUUCAUGGCAAACUAAACCAAAUGCAGCAUGGAUAA